UCCUAAUUGGAGGCAGAUUUUCAGCGCGAGGAGUGGCUUCUUCAACUUCUGCUUCCCGAGACAACCGAGAUAUCUUCCUCCCAGAGAUCGUACUUUUGUAAACAACUAGGUGAAACGAUUGGUGUAGAAGAUUUUGUGUUGGGGAACACAUUUUCUGAAGCCGAGGCCAUGUUUGUGGUGCAGUAGCGCACUUCAGUUUGAGACCCCACUCUCCUGCAGGAUGGAGUCAUCUUGCCUGGACCUGGCUCUGGAAGGUGAGCGGCUUUGUAAGGCUGGUGACUAUCGUGCCGGUGUUUCCUUCUUUGAGUCUGCCAUCCAGGUUGGAACAGAGGACCUCCAAAUUCUUAGCGCCAUCUACAGCCAGCUGGGCAAUGCCUACUUUCACCUGCAAGAGUACAACAAAGCCCUGGAGUACCAUCGACAUGACCUCACACUUACCAGAACAAUUGGAGAUGAGCUUGGUGAGGCAAAAGCCAGUGGCAACCUUGGAAACACAUUAAAGCUUUUAGGACGGUAUGAUGAAGCAGUGGUUUGUUGCCAAAGACAUUUGGAUAUCACCAGAUCCAUGUAUGAUAAGGUUGGGCAGGCUCGAGCGCUGUAUAAUUUCGGGAACGUUUAUCACGCCAAGGGAAAGGGCAUCUGCUGGACUGGAGCUGAUCCAGGAGAGUUCUCGGAGGAAGCUAGGAUAGCCCUGAGGAAAGCUGCACAGUACUAUGAAGCAAACCUUUGCGUGGUGAAGGAGUUAGGCGAUAAGGCAGCCCAGGGUCGUACCUAUGGUAACCUUGGCAACACUUACUAUCUGCUGGGUGACUUUGAAACUGCAGUAGCUGCUCAUGAAAAGCGGCUGCUUAUCGCUAAAGAGUUUGGGGAUAAGUCUGCUGAGAGGAGGGCCCACUGUAACCUUGGCAACGCUUAUAUAUUCCUCAGCCAGUUUGAAGUGGCAGCUGGUCAUUACAAGAGGACUCUGCAGCUGGCCAGGCUUUUGAAGGACAAAGCAGUGGAGGCCCAGGCCUGUUACAGUCUGGGCAACACCUACACACUGCUUCAGGACUAUGAGAGAGCCAUUGAUUACCAUCUCAAACAUCUGGUCAUUGCUCAGAAUCUCAAUGACAGAGUCGGUGAAGGAAGAGCAUACUGGAGUCUAGGAAAUGCCCACACCGCCCUGGGGAAUCAUCAGCAGGCCAUGUACUUUGCUGAGAAACAUCUGGAAAUUGCCAAAGAGACUGGAGACAAAAGCGGUGAGGUGACAGCCAGGAUGAACUUGUCGGAUCUACGGGUGGUCGUAAGCCUGAAGUCCAAUUCCAACAUCUACCCCCCAGCUGUCGGCUUCAAGUCCAGCUCCAACAUCUACCCCAACAUCUUCCGCAACACUAACAGCUCUGCUCUGGCUCCAGCCUUCCAGGGUUACCCCAACCUCGCAGGGGUCAAUUCUCCAUCAAGGAGAAGAGGCAGUGAAGAGAACCUGGAACAUAGUUCAAGUCCUAACAAAAAUCAAACUGGAGAUUCACCAGCACAUCUGGACUGGGAGGAGGAUGUACUCCCCGGGUCUUCAAAAAACAACACAAUCAAGGCUUCUACUAAGCUGUUCCUCUUUCACCGGCUGAAAAGCAAGAAGCAGAAGAACAACAAAUCAUCUCCUAAAGACGAGAAUGAAACCCGCACAGAGCACUCCCCUGAGCCGGACGCACCGGUGUCUCCUAAGCCAGGAUCACAGGACACUAUUGGAGAGGAUGGCUUUUUCGACCUCCUCUCUCGUUUCCAGGGCAACAGAAUGGACGACCAAAGGUGCACCCUAAUGGAUGGCCAGAGCCAACCCCCUGCUCAUUCCUCUCCCUCCUCCACCCCACCUAUAGCUGAAACGAAAUCUAUUUUGGAGUGCGAAACACCAUUGCAGGAUCCUGGUCAUUUCCUGGAGCUGCUGGCCAGCUCCCAGGCCCGUCGUCUGGACGACCAACGAGUCAGCCUGAACCAUUUUCCUGGCUUACGUCUCAACACCUCCAACCUGCCUCGUACACCCUCCACCUCCAGCAAAGAUCAAGUCCACCCACAAGCCCCCACCUCCAGUAUAGAUACCUCUCACAUACCCUCCCUGUACAGUCACCUCGAGGUAAACGCUGAGCAGCCUGAGGGGGAUGAUGUCUUCUUCGACAUGCUAGUGAAGUGCCAGGGCUCUCGACUGAACGACCAGAGGUGUGCUGCUCCACCCUCUAAAACUAAGGGACCAACUGUUCCAGAUGAGGAUUUCUUCAGUCUCAUCCUGCGUUCCCAGUCUAACAGGAUGGAGGAGCAGCGAGUCCUGCCACCCCCUGGCAUCACCCAAUCCAAACCAGGCUGACCCCAUGAGUGAUUGUUUUUUUUUUUUUUAUUGUCUCAGGAUAACAGAUGAAGUAACAAAGCUGUUUUGUUGUAACCCACAAUACUCAUGAGCUCUGCCUUUUUGGAUUGUCCUGACAACGUUCCUGUGAGACUGCCAAGAAUACAAGGGACACUAUAAAGAAUAAGGGUCUCAAAAAAAUACAGAACUGUUCAUUAUGACUGUAAAUCAUGGGAAAUUUUUUUCGCCGACUUGUUUUUUUUUUUUAGAUGCCUACUCUGGAGGCUUGCAUCAAGCCACUCAUUCAAACUGUGGGUUGUGGUGGUUUGUGUUUGGACUAAAAAGUACUGUAUUCUUAAAACUUUAGCCAAACUGAAGGGAUUGAUGAUGGACCUUCUAUGAACCCAUCUCAGAGGUUCUGAAAUUAAGCAAAUUGGAUCAUUGCACGGCCUGUUCUGCCAAUCUGUGAAUACAUUAAGUCUAUCAGAGUGGUACAUCUUGGUUUGAAUUGAUCUCAGACCUCUUCAACUUGGAGGUCAAUUAACAAAUCUUCUCUGGGGAAAUGAGUUCCACAUCCACCACUACUGCUGCACUAGUGGCUAAUGGAGCCAUUUUUAGAAUCUGUUUCCCUAUAUUGCUUUUGAAGACUUCACUGAUCGUUUUUACAUUGUUAAAGGUUGUAUGUAUGGAGUUAUUAUUGCCAUGAACUGAACUGGGAUUUUUUCCCCCAUUUUAACAAGAUUUUACAGGGGCUUAACUAGUGUGAGGAGUGGGGGUUGGGAGAAGUUAUUGUAGCUUUUAUAUUGAUAUUCUCCUGACAAUGGAGAAAUAAAAUCUCAUGAAUUUACAUUA